AUGAAGAAGCAGCAGCAGCAGUUUGUCAAACUUGCUCGCCUUCAUCAUCAGGCGGGAUGGGCGGCUCCGAUUGGCGGCGGGGGCUGUCCAUCCGUGGGGCGGGGCUACGACCCGACCUAUAGGAUAAAGGGGCGGGGACGCGGCUCCGAUUGGUUGGAAGCGAGGAGGGGGCGGGAGCUGGUGCUUUGUGACGCCUUCCCUGGACCCGCGCCCUGGACCAGUUCCUAUUGGUCGCUGGCGCUGCCCGUCAAUGAGCGGAACAGAGGGAGCGGGCGGGACCUGGUGCUUUGUGACGUCAGCCCGGUGGGGCGUUGCUGGAUCCGCUCCCAUUGGUCGCUGGCGCUGCCCAGCCUGCUGUCCCACGAGCGCACCCACACCGGUGAGCGCCCCUUCACCUGCACCAAGUGCGGCAAGGGCUUCUCCCGUUCCGACAACCUGCUGGAUCACCAGCGGACCCACACCGGCGAGCGCCCCUACACCUGCGCCCAGUGCGGCAAGGGCUUCACCCGCUCCAACAGCCUGCUGGAGCAUCAGCGCACCCACACCGGCGAGCGCCCCUACACCUGUGCCCAGUGCGGCAAGGGCUUCAUCCGCUCCAAGAGCCUGCUGGAGCACCAGCACACCCACACCGGUGAGCGCCCCUUCACCUGCGUCCAAUGCGGCAAGGGCUUCACCCGCUCCGACAACCUGCUGAAGCACCAGCGCACCCACACCGGCGAGCGCCCCUUCACCUGCGCCCAGUGCAGCAAGAGCUUCACCCGCUCCAACAACCUGCUGGAGCACCAGCAGGUGCACACCGGCGAGAGGUCCUUUGGUUGCUCCGACUGCGGCAAGAGCUUCAAUAGCUUUGCCGAGUUGUCAGGGCUAAGGCGGCUCCGGCAGGCGCACAACAGUGAGCGGCCCUUCACCUUCUCCGACUGCGGUAAAAGCUUCAAGUCGACGCUGGAACUCAAGGUACACAGGUGCCUGCACUCCGGGGAGCAGCCCUACACAUGCAGCGACUGCGGCAAGGGCUUCACCAGUUCUAAAAAGCUGUUGGAGCACCGGCGCACCCACACUGGCGAGCGCCCGUUCACCUGCGACCAGAGCAGCAAGGGCUACACCCACUCCAACAGCCUACUGUCCCACGAGCGGCAUGUGCACACCAGUGACCAGCCCUACGACUGCCCGUACUGCGGGGGUUACGGCAACACCAGCGGAUAUACAGACUGUGAUGGAGAAGAGUGUGGCAAGAGCUUCACUUGCUACGACAGCCUGUUGCGGCACAACUGUGUGCACUCCGGCGAGUGUCCCUGCGGCUGCUCCGACUUCGGAAAGAGCUUCAAGAUGACACAUGAGCUGAAGAUGCACCAGCGGGUGCACUUGGGCUGGAAGCCCUUCGACUGCUCCACCUUUGGCGAGACCUUUGCCCGGGCGUCGGGGCUGUGGGCUUCGAUGGAGGACCACAUGACGGGGCACAACAAGGAGAAGCAUUAUGAGUGCGACGUGUGUGGCAUGGCCUGGCAGUACCCAAGCGAGCUGGAGACCCACCGGAGGGUGCACACGGGGGAACGCCCCUUCGUCUGUUCGGAGUGCAAAAAGAGUUUCAAGACGGCCAAUGUCCUGGAGGCCCACCGACGGAUUCACACGAGCGAGAUGCCCUAUGGCUGCUCCACAUGUGGCAAGAGCUUUACCCAGUUGUCGGGGCUGUGGGAGCACCAGCACGUGCACAGCAGUGAGCGGCCCUUCACCUGCUCCGACUGCGGCAAAGGCUUCAGGUCGUCCAAGGACCUGAAGGUGCACUGGCGCCUGCACACUGCGGAGCGCCCUUACACCUGCAGCGACUGCGGAAAGUGCUUCAUCCAGUCCAGCCGCCUGCUGAAGCACCUGCGCACGCACACCGGCGAGCGCCCCUACACAUGCGCCCAGUGCGGCAAGGGCUUCGCCCAAUACAGCAACUUGCGAGAGCACCAACGCACCCACACCGGCGAGCGCCCCUACACCUGUGCCCAGUGCGGCAAGUGCUUCACCCAGUCCAGCAGCCUGCUGACGCACCAGCGCACCCACACCGACGAGCGCCCCUACACCUGCGCCCAGUGCGGCAAGGGUUUCACCCAACACAGCAACUUGCUGGAGCACCAACGCACCCACACCGGCGAGCGCCCCUAUACUUGUGCCCAGUGCGGCAAGGCUUUCAUCAAUUCCAGCAACCUGCGGAAUCACCAGCGCACCCACACCGGCGAGCGUCCCUACACCUGUGCCCUGUGCGGCAAGUGCUUCAUCCAGUCCGGUCACCUGCUGUUGCACGAGCGUGCCCACACCGGCGAGCGCCCCUACACCUGUGCCCAGUGUGGCAAGGGCUUCACCUGCUCCUCCAAACUGCUGUCCCACCAGCGGGUGCACGCCGGCAACAGUCCUGUCCCCAGCCCGCCGUGUGGAGAGCGCUUUGCCAUGGCCUCGCACACCCUGUCUCACCAGCACGUGCACACAAGUGGCCCGCCCUACGACUGCCCGGACUGUGGUGAGUCGUUUGACAGCUCGCGGGGGUUGCAGCCGCACCGGCAGGCCCACGUCGGCGAGCAGCUGCUCCCAUUGUGACAAGAGAGCAUGGGGGUGGCGUGAGCAACAGUGGAGAGAGAUCCUUUGUGUGCGCUGCGUGUGGCAAGAGUUUCACUCGCAUGUCCAGCCUGUGGCAGCACCGGCGUACCCACAGCGGUGAGCGUCCCUUCCCCUGCCCGUCCUGUGGUAAGGGCAACACACGCCUUGACCACCUGCUGGAGCACCGGCGAGUCCACACCG